CGACCUGCAUCGUGCGCGCCGCAUGCCCCGCGACGUGUAGCUUUAGAGUAGGUCGACAUGGCGGCAGGUGGUGGUGGUGAGAAAAGGCCGCUUGAUUUCGACGAUGACGAUGAUGACGACGAUGAUGGCUUUGGUCCCAUGCCGGUGCCUGCGCCAGCGCAGACCAAGCCCAAGAAGAAGAAGGUCCUGAAGAAUGCCCACGUCUACUUAGACAACUUGCCCAAGGGCGAGAUGUACGAAAAGAGCUUCAUGCACCGGGACGUGGUGCACCUAGCGGUGUGCAGCAACUCCACCGGCUUCCUCAUCACCGGCUCCGAGGACGGCCACGUGAAGUUCUGGAAGAAGCAGUACGAGGGCAUGGAGUUCGUCAAGCACUACCGCGCCCACUUGAGCAAGCUGCUGGCAAUGGUUCUGUCUCAGGAUGGGCGACAGUUGGCUACCAUUGGAGAGGAUAGCGCGCUGAAGCUGUUCGAGGUGACGUCCUUUGACAUGACCUGCAUGAUCAAGCUGAAAUUCAAGCCGCUGCAAGUGGAGUUCGUCCACAAGAAGAACUCCCCCAGCUCCUUGCUGGCCGUGUCUGACAUGGACUCGGGCAAGGUCCACAUCCUUCAGCCCGAGACCGGCAAGGCGGAGCCUUUGCGGACCCUGGAGGUGCACCUGGAGCCGUGCCACGCCAUCAGGUACAACCCGCUGAUUCACGCCUGUGUCAGCGCAGACAAAUCUGGAGCCCUGGAGCUGUGGGACCCGGACACGCUGGAGAUGCCCAGCAAGCAGAACCGGCCUGGCAGGCUGCGCUUCGAGAUCAAGAGUGAGACACAUAUGUACGAGCUUCGCAAGAACCAGACAUACGCCAUCUCCUUGUCCAGCAGCUCAGACGGGAGCAUGUUCGUCAUGGUCUGCGAGGAUGGGCGGCUGAGAGUCUUCCGCUAUGCGACCAUGAAGAUGGUCCGAGCCUAUGACGAGUCGAUGGAGAUGUUCACCGCUGCACAGAGCGACCCGAACAUGGGAGAGCUCCAUUUGGACAGGUUCGACUUUGGGCGCCGCAUCGCGGUGGAGAAGGAGAUGAGGAAGUCUCCGGCCUUGAUGUUCCAGCAGGCCGUCUUCGACGAGUCCGGCAACUUCUUGAUCUACACCUCGCUUAUCGGCGUGAAGAUUGUGAACCUGCACACCAACAAGCUGGUGAAGAUCCUGGGCAAGGUGGAGCAGACUGAGCGGUUCUUGGGCAUCGCGCUGUACCAGGGCAAAGUCAUGAAGAAGAAGGCGGCGCUGGGGGAGUCAGUGGUCGAAAACGAGAACGACCAGAAGGAGUCAGCGGACCCGAUCGCGCUGGUAACCGCCUACAAGAAGAACAGGUUCUUCUUGUUCAGCGCGCGGGAGCCUCCCGAGACGACCGCGGAGCUCGGCAGAGACAUCUUCAACGAGAAGCCAAGCAAGGAAGACGCCGCGGUCGCCGCUUCCAUCAGGACGGAGAACCCGCUGGGGAAGCAGGCGACCAUCCACACCACCAUGGGAGACAUUGUGGUGAAGCUCUUCCACCAGGAGUGCCCCAAGUCGGUGGAGAAUUUCACCGUGCACUCCAAGAAUGGCUACUAUGACAACAUCAUUUUCCACCGCAUCAUCCAGGGCUUCAUGAUCCAGACGGGAGAUCCUCAAGGCGAUGGCACAGGUGGCGAGAGCAUCUGGGGCGGCGAGUUCGAGGAUGAGUUCCACCGAAACCUGAAGCACGACCGGCCCUUUACUCUCUCGAUGGCCAAUGCCGGGCCCAACACCAACGGCUCCCAGUUCUUUGUCACCACGGUGCCAUGUCCCUGGCUGGACGGCAAGCACACGGUCUUCGGGCGCGUGCUGCAGGGCAUGGACGUGGUGCAGAACAUUGAAAAGACCCAGACCAACUGUGACGACAGGCCGCUGGUUGACAUCAAGAUCAUGGCCAUCAAGAUUAUCAGCUGAAACGCCGCCUAAAAAGUUGACUCAUGCAUGUAUAUCCAUAUGUCCAACUUCGGCAUUGAUUGAACCAGACUCCGCCUUUGGGGAAAUUC